UAUAUAUGUUACAUCAAAGUCUUCAAUGCACUAUUACGAGUCUAAUCACAUGAUAGCUUGUAUUUUAUUUAAGUCGAACACAAAAUUUUUCUAAAUGAUAACAUUCAUAAGAAGUGCGACAUCUCAAGUAAUGGCUACGGUAAAGGCGAAAAAGGCGGUUAUUAGGAAGAAAAUUGAAGGAAGAAUUAAGACCCUCAGUACAGAAGAAAAGGCGAGACAAUCGUAUGGAAUUGUAAAGAAGAUUUUGGAAUUGAAAGAGUACAAAGAUAGUAAUCGAAUUUCGAUUUAUUUGAGCACCGACAACGAAAUUGAUACGGAACCAAUAAUCAGAAACAUAUUUGAAACGGAAAAAAAAUGUUUCGUACCACGAUAUCAUGGUAAAAUUAUGGAAAUGGUAAGACUUCAUUCCAUGGAUGAUUGGGAAAACCUUCCACUGACAAAAUGGAAUAUUAAGCAACCUUCUGUCAACGAUAAUCGAGAAAAUGCUUUAGAAACAGGUGGUUUAGACAUUAUUAUAUUACCCGGGGUUGCGUUUACGAAGGAUGGAGAUCGAUUAGGACACGGAAUGGGUUACUAUGAUAAAUUUCUAUGGAAUAUUCGAAAAACAGGAAAAAAGAAACCUUAUACAGUUGGGAUUGGCUUUAAGGAGCAAAUUGUGGAUUCUCUACCAAUAGAAAAUACGGAUUACAAACUCGAUUCUGUUUUAUAUGAGGAGUAAUCGUUUUAAAAAAAGAAUACUCAUGUAACUAAGUAUUAAUUUGUUGUAAUUUUUGUAUGAAUCGAAAACAAAAUAAAAAUAAAUUGUUUUGAGUUUUCAUCAGAAAUAUUUCAACGUCAUUAUCUAUUGAAAAUAAAUUGUGACGAAAUUGAUUCAAUACUGCAGUUCAUCAUCAUCAUCAUAAGGUCGUCAGUCCUAAGACUGGUUGAACACGCACCUCCAUUCUUUCCU